UCUUGAGUCUUGGUACCUUGUCCAACCGUUACACAAUUCUUGUGGUACUCAGUCCCCAAAAUUCCCUUUUGGCAAACACUACCAAGAACCAAUAUUAAUCCAUUCAAGCAAAUAUCCGAAGUGUUUGAUGGAUCACCAAAGAGGCCAAUUAGGAGGAAAUGAGUUGUGUCAAGCUCAAUCCCAUAUAUACAAACAUGCAACCAGUUAUGCAAACUCCAUGUGCCUAAACUCUGCAGUUCAGCUAGGCAUUCCAGACGCAAUUCAAAACCACAAGCAACCCAUAACUCUUCCCGAACUAGUCUCGUCGCUUCACCUCCCACCCGAAAAAAGCAACUCUCUUCGCCGGCUUCUGCGCUUAUUAGUGCACUUGGGUUUUUUCGCCACCGCAAAAGUUAACACAAAUGAAGGAGAUCUAGAGGGGUAUGUUCUCACACCAUCUUCUAGGCUUCUUGUCAAGAGCGAAAUCACAAACUUCUCCCCAUUUGUUCGAGCAAUGGUGGAUCCAGUUAUGGUCACUACGUGGCAGUCACUGGGAGACUGGUUCCGCGGCAGUGAAAAAACAGCUUUUGAAACCGCUCAUGGGGUUGAAAUGUGGGAGUUUUGCGACCAAAACCCGAAAUUCAGCCGUACUUUCAGUGAGGCAAUGGCCAGUGACUCCACAAUGAUGAACCAUGUUGUUGGAGAAUGCAAGGAAGUUUUUCAAGGGCUGAAUUCAUUAGUCGAUGUAGGGGGUGGCACUGGGACUAUUGCUCGGAUCAUUUCGGGCGCGUUCCCUCGUAUAAAAUGCACGGUGUUGGAUCUCCCACACGUUUUCACGAACUUGCCAGAGAGUGGGAACUUGAGCUAUGUUGGAGGUGACAUGUUCGAGUCUAUCCCUUCGGCUGACGCCGUUCUACUCAAGUGGAUUUUGCAUAACUGGAGCGACGAGGAUUGUGUGAAGAUACUGAAGAGAUGCAAAGAAGCUAUUCCAAGCAAAGACAAUGGAGGAAAGGUCAUAAUCAUGGACGCGGUGAUGGAUGGGGCGGGAGAUGAGCAUGACGCAGCUGAAGCAAAGCUUAUUCUUGACGUAACGAUGAUGGUUAUGCCCGGUGGAAGAGAGAGGAGUGAGAAAGAAUGGGAACAAAUCUUCUUGCAGGCUGGCUUUAGUCACUACAAGAUGACACCCGCGUCUGGUCUAAUGUCCCUCAUUGAGGUGUAUCCCUCGUGAGUUUUUUGCUGCCAAAACUUAUAUGGGUAUGGAUUCUCUCCGGUCCAAGUUCUGAACGUGAUGGAACGGAUCAAAUGUGGACACCAUACAUUGCUAUAAUAGAUGGUUUGAAUUUGUUUAGAGGCUCUUAUCGGUAAGAGUUUUGAAGCAAAUUUGAACCAUUUAUUACAACAAUCGAUGGUUCGGAUACCAACUGUCUCGUCUAAUCCAAAUUGAGUACAUGAGAGAAUCCAACUCCAAUUUAUAUAAUUCCAGAGUCGUAACAAAAAGAAUAAGGAAUGAUGAUGGGCCCCGCUAGGUAAUAAAGUUUUCAUUUCAUCAGACUAGACCAGACUCCCGAGAUAGGUGCAGCCGGUGUCAUAAAUAAGUUAUUUUUUG